AUGUUAUUCUGUUUUCCUCACCUGCAAGACUCCUGUCCUCGAACUCUCCGGCUGUCUGUUAUAAGGGUGGCCAUGUACGCCUUCAUAGUGACCACCAUUCUGAUGACUGCAUGUGGAAAUCUUCUGGUCAUCAUCUCUAUAUCUUACUUCAGACAGCUACACAGUCCCACCAAUUUCAUCAUUUUCUCCUUGGCCAUGGUUGAUUGUUCAUUAGGCUGUUUCAUCAUGCCUUUCAGUAUGGUUAGAUCUGUUGAAGGGUGCUGGUAUUUGGGGAAACAUUUCUGUAAAAUCCAUUCCAGUCUAGACAUGAUGCUGUGUUCUACCUCUGUGAUGCACCUGUGUUUGGUUUCAGUUGACAGGUACUGGGCUAUUUCUCAGCCUCUGCAAUACAAGACAAAAAUUACAACAUUUAAAAUUCUCUUAUUUGUUGUCAUCAUCUGGAUGUUUUCAUUUAUUUUCAGUUUUGGAGUUGUAUUCUCAGAGAUAACUUCAGUGGGUUUGGAGAUGCCUCUUAAUCCUUGUGUGGGUAGCUGUGCUUUGAUUGCUAACAAACAAUGGGCCAUUAUUAAUGCCCUAGUCUUAUUCUUCAUUCCAGGAACUGUGAUGGUCUCCGUGUAUAUGAGGAUUUUUCAUAUUGCUAACAAACAUGUCAGGGUCAUUUCUAAUCGAAUGGCCACAGUGAACUGUCAUGAGCUGAAGAACCAAACAUCAGAGCAGAGAGAGAGGAAGGCAGCUAAAACACUGGCGUUGGUAGUGAUUGUAUUCAUUCUCUGUUGGAUGCCCUUCUUUAUCACCAUUGUUGUCGACCCAUUUCUAAACUUCCUGACACCUGUUAAUAUUUUUGAUGCCCUUAUCUGGUUUGCUUACUUUAACUCUGUGUGCAAUCCUGUCAUCUAUGCUUUCUUUUAUCCAAAUUUUCGGAAGGCAUUCAAAAUUAUUAUGGCAAAAAUGUUUGGCCUGAAGAAUGCUUCACAUGUUCUACAGUCUUGA